AACACACGUUUCGAAGGCUCAUUCGAAGCGAAACCGGUUGGAAAUAUUGCGGCUGUCCGCAAUUAGUUCGGAACAUAGUGGCUACAAUAUGUCGUAUUCAGACUUAAUAUUUAAUAGCUCAGCAGACCUUAAUGUGUGAGUUUUUAUCGUUACGGCAUUACUUUGUCGGCAUUUACAGUGUGUUUGCUAGCUGACGUUGGGCUAGCCAUGAGCAGAAGCAGUCGACAAUCUCGGAUAAACUCAGCUCUGCUCGCCAUUUUCCUGCUUAUUUUGGGUAAGCUGUUGGUUGAAGCAACAUCUGAAAAUAACCCCUAUAGAAUCCUGGGUGUCAGGAGGAGUGCCACCCAUGCUGAAAUUAAAAGGGCAUACAAGAACCUUGCCAAAGAAUGGCAUCCAGAUAAGAACAAAGACCCUAUGGCUGAAGAAAUGUUCAUCAAGAUUACAAAGUCGUAUGAGAUUCUGUCAAACCAGGAGCGCAGGACUAAGUUUGAUCGCUACGGGCACAUGGAAGACAACCAGCACUUUACACAGUCGCAGCAUCAGGGCUACCGGAGCUUCCACAGUAACUUCUACUUUGAAGAAUCUUUUUUCCAGUUCCCCAGACAUUUUGCAGAUAGCAAGUACCUACUUCACCAUUCUCAGUUUAACAGUGAGGUGCUACCAGACAGCCACAAGAGGCCCUAUCUCAUCAAAGUGACCUCUGAAUGGUGCUUUGCAUGCAUCCACAUUGAGCCGGUGUGGAAGGAGGUGGUGCAAGAGCUGGAGCCACUGGGUGUGGGUAUUGGAAUUGUAAACCUUGGGUAUGAGCGUCCACUGGCGAACCAACUGGGUGCUUACCGUGCUCCCUCCAUCAUCGGGUUGAUGAAUGGCAGGGUGACAUUCUUCCAUCAGGCGGUGGUUCGAGAUCAUCUGCGGCAAUUUAUUGAAGAUCUUCUGCCCCAGAUGCUGGUUGAAAAGAUCACAAGCAGCAACUACCUGGCUUUUCUGAAUAGCUGGUAUGUGGAGAACAAACCAAGUAUUGUCUUGUUUGAUCAAGUUCCUGUUGUUCCAUUGUUAUACAAGUUAACAGCUUUUGCCUUCAGAAACUAUGUGCGUUUUGGCUUUGUGGACCAGGGUGGUACGCAUAGCGAUGAAAUAGUGAAGAAGUUCAACAUAAACACAUACGCCCCCACCAUGCUGUUGUUUAAGGAGGACACCGAGAAACCUGUUGACAUCAUCCAGGCCAGAGGAAUGAAACGACAGAUUAUGUGGGAAUUUGUCUCUAGCAACAAGUUCCUGAAAGUGCCACGGCUGGUCAACCAGCAGCUGUUUGAAGAGCUGUGUCCUGUCAAACGGAUCCACCAGCGGAGGAAGUACUGUGUGCUGCUGAUCACAGGUGAUGAUCAGGUUUUUCAUCCUGGUAAUAAAGCCUUCCUGGACUUUGCUUCAGCAAACACAAAAGACGUGCUACGGUUUGUAUACAUCAACCAACGCCAACAGCAGCCAUUCUGUCAGGCGCUAUGCCACAACCAGACUGCACAGUCUGCUCAGGUGGUGAUCCUCGAAAGGAAGAGCCAGACUGGUAAGGUCCUCUACCACUUUGUGAGUGGUGGCUGGAAUGGCAAUGAAGAAGAUAAGUACCACCUCCAUGAACACCUAGAGCUUCUGCAGAAAGACCCCAACUAUCUGAGCUCUGAUGCCACACUGCCAGACCUCAACAAUGAAAUGGCCCCUAUUUUUCUUGUUCAUUGGAUGAAUGUUGCCCAUGAUUAUAUCCUUCAAAUAUAUGAUGACCUUCUCUACUCCAACUGGCGAGAGAUGAUGCCCAUCCUGUUGUUGCUCUUUUCUGCACUCUUCAUUUUCUUCGGGACAGUCAUCAUCCAAGCCUUCAGCGAGCCAAAUGAAGGUGAAUUCCAGAAACCAAAGUCAAAGGAGCCACCACAAACUGAAGAGGAUGAUUUGCAUAAAGCCAGUACCUCAAGUCAUCUUCCUAAGAAGGACUUUGUGGAAGUGACGGAGCUGACAGAUGACUCAUACACCAGUAACCUGGUCAAGCUGAGACCCGGCCACAUCAAUAUAGUGCUGGUGCUCACCAGCACUUCCAAGAAUAUCCUACUCAAGAAAUUUGCCAAAGAGGUUUUCCCUUUCUCAAGGAGUCCGAACCACCAUUAUUCCUUCCUCAAUGUUGAUAAGCACCGCCACUGGAUGCCAUCUCUGCUUCGUUCAGCCUCUAGUCCAAAUGAUAGUGUUGUCCAGUCAGUUGAGUAUGAGGAGUCUUCAGACUACAUUGGUCAUGUUCUGGCCCUCAAUGGAUAUAAGAAAUACUUAUGUCUCUAUAGACCCGUCUUUACAGGAGAUGAUCCCAAUGAUGCCUCAAGCUCCAGUGACAACAGGAGAAGAUCCUGUUCCAGGUCCCACUCUAGAUCUAGUUCUAAUUCUAGUGAAGAUGAGACCGAUUUGAAGACAGGCUCUGGUAGACCUACUAUCAAAAACCUCUGCCACAAGCUGGACAGGCUGGGAAUCUGGAUGGAGAGGUUAAUGGAAGGCACUCUUCACAGAUUUUAUGUUCCUGCCUGGCCUGAUCUUCAUGAAAACAAUGACAACACAACACCUCCACAGAACUGAGGUGGAAUUUAGACAUACAGUGAUGGUGCCACCACAAUGCAACAAAGCAAUGUUGUAGCUUGGCGACGAUUAGUUGGAAUAAUUUUUGCACAGCUACGCUUCAUUACUGAACUUCUGCAACCUCUUAUCAGAAUGUUUUAUUUGUAAGUUAGUGAAUGACUGUUGAUGGCUUAGCAGAAGAUGCAACAGUGCCUUCAACAUUUUAUGUUACAGCCUUAUUCAAAAAUGGGGUAAAUACAUUUUUUCCCCUCACAAUUCUCACAACACACCAUAAGGACAACAUGAAAAGUUUUUUUGUUUUGU